AUGCGGUUCUACCUUCGGUGUUCUUCCGUCUCCGUGCGCCGUAUUUCAAACUUGGAAGUGUACUGGAUUGGUGCAAAAAAACUCGCCUGGAAGCUCAUCGAGCCACGUAGUCUGGGUGUCAUGUUCACGCCACCUCUAUCCAUGGCCGUCAGGAACUCCGAUACUAAGACAACGGUACAACGACGACCAAUCAGAAGUGCGACUUCAAUAGCCCAAAAAUUUGCCCCCCCCAACCAAAGACUGCAGUUUAGCUGGCAUCAGUCACAGCUUCGGUCAGCCGUGGUCGGCGUGCAUUUCCCAUGCUACACCGACUGGCGUCACAGCGCCUUGUGGGUAAUUCCAGUUGGCGACAAUUUUCACAUUCUCGAUGCGGAAAGUCUUGGCCACAUAAACAACUAA